GUGAGAGCCAGAGAGGGUCCGGGUACGUGCGAGAUGCAGCCAUAGUCACGCUAACACUGUCUUAUAUUACAACCUGCUGGGAUCGUUAGUUUUGCAGCGCAUCAAAGCCGACUGAAAGCUUCUGGACGUGAGGCAUUAUGGCUGAACAGCAGAGGCAGCGCUCUCUGUCCACCGCUGGUGAGUCUCUCUACCUUGUGUUGGGAGUUGAGAAGGUGGCUACGACGGAUGAUAUUAAGAGAUCUUACAGGAAACUGGCGUUGAAGUUCCACCCUGACAAGAAUCCCGACAAUCCGGAGGCAGCCGAUAAGUUCAAGGAGAUAAACAACGCUCACGCGAUUCUGAAUGACCCCACGAAGCGUAAUAUUUAUGAUAAAUAUGGUUCUCUGGGACUAUAUGUGGCUGAGCAGUUUGGAGAGGAGAAUGUCAAUACUUACUUUGUCCUUUCAAGCUGGUGGGCAAAGGCUCUGUUUGUCUUCUGCGGCCUCGCCACUGGCUGCUACUUCUGUUGCUGCCUGUGCUGCUGCUGUAACUGCUGCUGUGGCAAAUGUAAACCACGGCCCCGAGAGGGCCAAGACCAGGAAUUUUAUGUGUCCCCAGAGGACCUGGAGGCUCAGCUGCAGUCUGACGAGAGAGCAGAGGCUGGGGGUGACCCUAUAAUGCUGCAGCCAUCAGCCACAGAGACGACCCAGUUAACAUCGGAUGGGCACCACUCCUACCACACCGACACCGGCUUCAACUAACCCUCCGUCCCCCCGUCAAUCCUGGCCUGCGGUCCUGCCUGCUUCCCUGCUCCACCUCAGUGAGAUGAAAGAAAGGGGUGAUCCCUCUUUCCACUUCAGAAAGAGAGCCAUGCGGAGGAGAGGGACUAGUAAGCAUGGCCCAUGAAAGGAACUAAUGAAGUCACAUCCCUUACACCCCCUUCCCUGAUUGGUCCACAAUUUAUCCCCCCCCUCUUAGUACGAGAAGAAUAGAGAAACCACUCUGUAGUUUCCUUUUUAUUUCUUCUUUUAUAUUUCUUGGCCUUUAACCACACAGGUCGCCUACCUUACUCUCCCUCUCCCACAUUUUGCAUCAUGGUGUAGCAUGCACUGUUUAUAAAACAUGGUCUCCAGAUUUUUAUUUUAUCUUUAGCAACAUUUUUACUUUGCAAGACUCAUACUGUUGGUGCAUACAUAUGUGCAAUACGUUCAAAUGAGGACAGUUCACGAGGAGGAGGAGGAGGAGGAGGAGGAGGGUGACGUUUACGUGAUGUUUUAUGCUAAAGGAGAGGAGAGCCAUGGCUCAGGGAGGUGCUGGUUAGAGAGGUGUUUGUGCGCUGAGGUGGUCGGUGCGAUCAUUAAACCUUCAAGAACAGAGUUGUCAUAUAUUUACUUCUGAUUUGCAAUCAGUUCUGUUUUAGUUGAAAAUGCCACCUGCCACUGUCAGAGUACGUUUUUGGCACUGUGUUUGUCUUUACUGUGCUCCCCCUGAGUGUUUUUAUUGUGAAUCAUGAGGUUGUUAAGGCACAGAGCUUUAUUUGCAGACAUUAUUUCUUGAAUGCCUGCUGACGUAACAUUUCUACUUUAGUCAAUUAGAAUUGGCUUUUCUUUCCUCCGCCUCAGCUUUAUUUCAGCUCAUUCUUGCGGGAUAGAGACGACAUUACUGUCUUUCCUGCAGCACCAAACAGAUCGUCAUGACAGUUAUUUCAAUGUAACUUUCAUGUCGGUUCAUAAUUUCUUGCAUUAUGCGUCUAUUGUGGCAGGUUUAUUGUGCUGAUCUGUUGUUGUCAGUCAAACCUAACGAGAAUUUUAGUUUGUUUUAUUUUUGUCACAUUAGCAGUUAUAUCUGAUUUAUUGUGUUUAAAAAUGUUGACAUCGGAUUCAUGAAUUAGAAAAAUUGGCUUUUAAAAGAGUCUCAUACAUUCAUUGAUCAUUUAAUUAUGCAGUUUUUCAUUGUAGAGAAAAUUUUAUUUUCUAGGCUAUUGGAAUAAUAUGAUAUAAAUCUGCUCUUUGUUAAGAGACGUCACAACUCAUUGAGACUGAAAGAUAUUUGUUUCAUCUAAUUAUCCGAUGCAGAUAUUUUUGUUUACUUAUUGAUGUUGCGCUAUAUGAAGCCAAGGAGCUCCAGCUGACUCUGAUCAGAGCUGUUCCUAAGUAGAAAUAACAGAUCUCUAUCAGCAGCAGGUUCAGAGGGUGACAUGUUUUUAACUCUGAGCUGUCUUAGAUAUGUUAAGUAGUUAAUGUGAUGUGGAAAAACAUGUUACAGCUCUGCGUAGCUGCGAAAUAAAGCUGACUACAGAGCGUCCACGCGGGAAUAUUUUAUGUAGUGAGGAAUAUGAUUUCCAGCCUGUUUUUAGACCUUGUGUUUUGAGCUGAAGUCUGAUGACAUUUCGUCCAAUGCUGUGAUCGUUUGUUGACUUUUUUUUUAAAAAUCCACGUAGAGUAAGAACCUGGUGAGGCAUAUCAUCUGUGAGCCAGUGCUACAGGCAGCUCCAAGUUAAAUGACUCUAGAUUUUUCAUACGACUGAAUUUCGCAUAUAUUGCCACACAAUCGCAAAUUGCCAUAAAUUGCCAUGAACAUCUUUGCCACUUUUGUCAGAUUCAUAAUUGCUAAUAAUGUGUUUCAAUGGUUUACAAUUGGUGAGCUCCUGUUGCCCACCCUCUGCUAUUAACGGUAUGGAUGUUGACCUCUGUGGCCCUUGUAUGAUGUUUCCUGUAACCCUUGAUGAAACAUAGAUGUUCCUGUCAUGGCUUUUUCAUUGAGAUACUGAAAAAUGCUACUGUAAAUGUUCUAAGUUGAAUGCACUGUGUGUUUAAAAAAACUAUACUGGAUCAAUGAUCAGGAAAUGACUCCGUAAAAAGACAACAUAGUAUAUAGUGUAACUAUAGUGAAAUGGUUAUAUGAUGCAUUUUUGGGAAUUUUAUUUAUUUCAUACUUUGUCAUGUUUCAAAUGAUGAUUGGCUAUAAUUUUAACUGGUAUGGUGUUGUAAUGUAACCAUUAAAUUUAGCAAGAAAUGGUUUAAUGGUUAUGGUCGCUUGUACAUACACUUGGCCCAUAUAAAGUAUAAACCUUAACGUUUAUGUUGUAGCAUGGUAAUUGUGUGUCUGGAAGAAAACAAGUGGAUCAUUGAUCUGAUUUGCUGUUGUUGAAUAAAUGUUCCUGA